AUGGGGGGAGUAGAUCCUACUCAUGAUGAGCCUGGUGAAUGGAGUUAUUUUGACCCUGAUGAAGACAUAUUCAAGGAUAUUGGGCGACCGUAUAUGGAGAAUUCGCCAAAACCAGAAAAUGGUACUUCUCAAAAUUCGAGUGAUACAAGAGGAGGGGCUCCAACUGAUCAAAAUGACCCAAAGGAGGGAACUAAAUCUGGCGACUUGGUUUUAAAAUGUUGUGAUUGUGUCAUCUCUAAUGUGAAGAAUAGAGAAGAUUGUGAAAGAAUGAAACCAAUGAGGCCACAAUUAUUGAUGAAAUGUGGCUGCGGCAGAGCUGACUGUAAAAGCAAUAUUGCAGCCGCAAUUGCGGUUGCAGAUCACAGUACAGAAGAUGCAAGUGAUGAUGAUAGUAAAAAGGAGACACCAUAUUUAUUAGCAGCGAAGCAUGGUAUUACUGAAAUGGUGACCAUGAUUCAAGAAAAAAUACCUAGUGUUAUCCAUAGCAUGAACUCAAAGAAUCAAAAUGUGUUGCUUGUGGCUGUCAAAAAUAGGCAACCCCAAGUUGUUCUGGAACUCAAAAAGAAAUCAGAAGCAGAAGUUUGGGACAACUUAGUUAUUGGAGUGGAUGAUGAUGACAACACAUUGUUGCACUUGGCUGCUGAGGGUUUAAAAGGAGACAAAUCUUGGCGAAUAGCUGGCUCUGCUUUGCAAAUGAUGUGGGAUUUCAACUGGUACCAGUAUAUGAAAAAAACUGUGCCAAGGCAUUGCCACUUCAGAAGCAACAAGGAUUCAAAAACGGCAGGACAAAUCUUCAACGCAUCACACCAGGAGCUCAUCCAAGAGGCUAGCCAGUGGCUGAAGGAUACAUCAGAAUCUUGCUCCGUGGUGGCGGCUCUCGUCGCCGGUGUUUCCUUUGCCACAGCUGGUAAUGUCCCCGGUGGCUACGAUAAUGGCGAGCCACCACUAGAGGGACAACCUGCAUUCGAGGUAUUCGCCCUGGCUUCUCUUGUUGGACUAUGUUUCUCCGUCACCGGACUCAUAAUGUUCCUUUCCAUCCUCACCUCAAGGAAGGUGGCCAAAGAUUUUCGAAGGAGUUUGCCACUGAAACUCCUUGCAGGGCUGAGUUCUCUGUUUGUUUCCAUCAUAACCAUGUUUGUGUCGUUCUGCUCUGGCCAUUUCUUUCUUGUUAACCACAAAUACAGGUCAAUCUUGUUCCCUUUAUACGCUGCCACUUCCAUACCUGUCGCUUUCUAUGCCUUGGCUCAGUUUCCACUCUACCUUGAUCUUCUCAGAGCUAUUCUUACUACUGUUCCAACGGCAAGUGAUGUAGGUGAAGUUCUUUGA